GCGCACGCUGCGCGGGCCCGCGGGAGGGCCGCGGUCUGCACGCUGGGUGGCGGCGCGGGCGCGGGCGCAAAACCUCGAACUUAAAACUUACACUCACUAUUUUCUUCGAAAAUAUAUGUGAGUCCCACAAAAUGGAAUAAUAAUAAAUAUGAUAGAAAUAAAAUAAUUUAGACGAAAUGCAGAGUUAAUUUUGCUGCCGUGUUUCAUGGUAUUUAUUGAAAUAUCAAAACACUCAUCACGGUUCUGCAUUAUAUAUUCAAAGCAUAUGAAACAAUCAAAAAAUGAGACAAAUAAUAAAAAAAGAAAUAAGGUUAGAAAAAUUUGUAAACAACAAACGGGGUUGGUCUUGAAACCGGCAGUGAACUUAUCAUAUUGAAAGAGCAUAAUUAAAGAUAAAUAUGCAAAAACUUAUGCAGAUAUUCGUUUAACUUGAAGAACAAACUCUAAGAGAAUGUGUGGGCAUGGAUGUGCAUUAAAAGACGACACAAACCCACAUAUCCACACCCAUCUGUAAACAUUGAGGAAUAUUGAGACUGAUAUGUCGGCUUGCAUGACGAACACGACGCAACAGAAAUAUUGUCUCGCAAUGAUAGAGCACAUAAAUUGCAGACAUAGAAUAUACAUUUUCAAAUCGCAGCAUUGCUGGAGUGAAUACCAACGAUCGACGCACAAGCACCCUUUACAGUGGGAACUGGUGCUUUAUAGGUUUCUUUCUUCUGAUACUUAUCUAAUGAGUGAAUAUUUUUAUAUUAAUCUGAUUUCAUUCCAUUGGCUAUAUUCUAUUUCAAAAGAUGAAUACACAACAAGACCAUAAUUUCGAUUAUAUGCAUAUAGAAAUGUUACCCGAUAUCCUAUGUUGGGAUUCGUAUACAAGGUACAAUAUGCUUUUUAGUAUUAAAAUAAUAUUUAUUUCUGCUUUACAAGGAAAAAGUGUUCAAUAAAUAAAGACAUUUUUCUAUCUAUUUUGUUUUCAUCAAACAAAUUGUUAAGAAAAAAUAAAUAUUGUCUAAAAUUAUCGUUUCAAGGAAACAAAUAAUUUGUUUUUUCCUUUAUUCGACGUUCUCCACAGUUCUUUCCUCGUAGAUACAUGCAGCGAAACGAGAUGCUUUUCCAGAUUCAAUAAAAUCCAAAUCAAUAUCAUGAAAUUCAUUUCUUCGAACAUUAUCACUUGUAUGUUCAGUCACAUGUUGAACCAAAAGUGAAUUAAUAACAUCUUUCAAUAGGCCAACAUACUAAUAUUCACAUUCAAUAUAGAAACCAUGUUUUUCUUUAAUCAACCAUAGAUCUUCAUUUGAACUAGGAUUUAACAUAAGAUCAUUUAAUAUACUUGAAUUUGUUUCGAUGAAGUAAGAGACGAUUGAGCUAGAUGAAGAAUUAUUUUAACUGUGACAUGUCGAGCAUUCAUUGAUUUCGAUUUCAGAUAAGAUAGUAAAAGAUUUAAGACGAGUUUUUCAUCUUUAAUAAAAUGAAUAUAUGCUAUACAUUUAUAACAGGGUGUAUCCAUGGGAUCCCGUCAGUCGAUCCGGUGACCACGCCCAAAUCGAUUGAAACUUUCAGGAUUUGUAGAGCUUUUUACGCUGAUCAUUUUAGUAAUAAAUUUGUUAGAGUUCGACUGUGUUUUCGCAUAGAUACAGGCCAAAUACUAUUAAUGCCUUUUAUGCACUCUGCAUUUUUAUGCAAAAAAAAACGAUGAUAAUUCAUCAUUCGUCGCUCAAAUUUUAAAACCAAUUACAGAUUUAGAUUAUCCAUGAAAAACUGCGUCAGAAUCCUUAUGAAUUGAAAAAAAUUUCUAUGAUUCUUUUUGAUAUACAUGUUCACUAGGACAACAUGUCAACGAGAAAAAGUAUUGAAAAAAGUUAAUAAGAAAACCCGAAUUCUGCAGAAUGGUGGUAUUACCAGUUCGAUAGAGCUCAACUUGCUUUACAAGAUGUACUAAUUAGUUUUCUUCCCACCUAUGAUUUUCGAGAGAGCAACGUCAAAAACUAUUUUAUAUUCGAAAUUUUCACUAAAUUUUGAUGACAAAAUUUGUGAGAUCGAAUUAUUCAAUUCGAUGACUAUCUCGAACUUCACUGAAACUUUCAGAGCUGAUACAAUUUGUUGCGCUGAACAUUUUGGUAUAAAAUUAUCCAGUAUUCGAUUCGAUUUUGAUGAACAUAUAGGUGACAUAAUAUAAAUAGAUAUUUUGUUUUUAUGACUAUUAUGCAUAAAAAAACGUAUCUUUCUUGAAAUAAAAUUGAUAGAACUAUAGUAUUUGCUUAGAUUAAAAAUUUAUUAAUAUAUUCAGAUUCAGCAUGUAAAACUACACCAGAAUCUAUAGGAAAUAUAUGAACUGUUCAAUAUCCAUGUUUUGUCUGUAUGAUCGUAUGGGAUAAACAAAGAAAGAAAAGCGGAUGAAAAAAAAAGAUUGAGAAUUAAAUUAAAAAAUCAAAUGAUAUAAAAUAAAGAAAUAAUUAAUUCGAUAGAGGAGAAUUUGCUCUGCAACAUGCAUUAAUUAGUUUUCUCCCCACUUUUGAUUCUGGAGGAAACGCAUGUUUAAAACAUUUAUAUAUAAAUGUUUAUUAGCUAUAGGUUGAUAUAUGUUAGCUUCUUUCGUUACAAAUUCUGUGAAGAAGACUUUGCUAAUCAUAGUAUCAUGUGUAAGGGAAGGAUGCUUCGAUUGGAUUAGAGAUUAUUCGAUAAGAUUAGUGUUAUAGAAAAUGGAGGCUUUUUUAUGCUGGUGAAAAUCAGCGAUUCAUCAACAAAAAUGUAUGAUUCAUAAACAUCUGUUCUGAUUUAUAUUUAUCGUGUUAUUUACCUGUCUUUUCUCCUCUCUUAUUAAAAGCAUUCUUAAUUAUGCCAUCUAAAUCUCGAAUUUGGUGUGCUCAUCCUUAUCAUGGUGAAGUUUUACCAAAUGGAAAAAAAUGUUUUUCAAAAAUAGGUGCAAAAACCAUCACAUCCAAAAGGAAAAAGAUUAAUCAGCAAGGAAUUGGCCGAGUUUAUCAACAACCAUAACGAAACAAUUUUAAAUGGAUCUUCCAAGCAAUUUUCAAAGGCUGAUUAUCUCUGUUCAUCAUGUUUCGUAAAAGAAAGAAAUCGGUAUAUGAUUGAUGAACAAGGAGAUAUGGAUAUUGAUGAUAGUCAGGGAAGUUUCAACUACGACAACCUCGAUAGUGGUUCAGAUAAUCAAUAAAUUUCUCCAAUGGAUGAUGAUUAUGUACGCGUAGAACAAGAAGGUGCUAAACUGAAAUUGAAUCAGGUGUUUGCGUAUGUGAAUGUUAAGAAGAUCGACGACAUGUAAGUUCCAUACUUUACAGAUUAAGCAUAAAAAAUUUGUUUUUUCAUAGUCAAAAUACUAAACAAAUUGCCAAUGCUGUAGACGAGACGUAUUUCAAAUAAAAAGAGUUUAGUGAUAUACUUUUACCACGUUCUCGUCAUAAUAAUGAACCAAGAACAUUAUCUUCACUUGAUCUUUCAAUUGAUGAUGCUAUUUGGAUUCUUGAUAGUCUACGCGAACUUUUCAGCAUUAGUGACAACAACGAACAAAAACGACUUAUGACUAUGUUACUUCUGGAAUGGGGCCGAGAUCGAAUUUAUAAUUGGUUUCGUGGUUCGCAACACCAUGCACGGCAGUCGAUCAAAUUGCGAACAACGAUUGGAGAUUUUUCACGCCCCGAAGAUCGACGAGGAAAUAAACCACUUGAUAAUCAAAUUGAACUGGCGGUCUAUAACUUUUAUACAAGUGGUGAGAUUAGUCGUGAAACAUCGUACAAAAAACAAGUCAUUCAUCCAUCACCAUCUAGAACUCCAAUUCCGCUACGUUUUCUUCAUCUAACAAUUGGAGAAACAUUUGAACAAUUUAAAAUGAAAUAUCCAAACAUGGAAAUAGGUAGAUCAAAGUUUUUUUCAUUACGACCAACAUGGGUGAGAGAACGAACACCUCACGAAUCAUAUAAAUAUAAUAUACACAAUUUAACUCAUCAUCAUCAAGAUUUUCAGAUCGAAGCAUCAUGCUCCUUCAGCUCGUCAGGACACGGCAAAGGACCAUGUGAUGGUGUUGGUGCUGUGGUGAAAUCGACGACUACACAACACUUACUCAAAGAUGGAUCAAAUGCAUCGUUUUCAACAUCAAAACAAUUUUUUGAAUGGUGUGUUGAAAAAAAUGAUCGUAUGGUGGUGGCAAGAUCUCGUCGAAUGGAAGCUUCAAACUGGUCAUCUACUUAUAUGUUCGAACCUAAUCAUCCUCUCGAAGUACGUUGGCUAUCUGCUGAUGUCAUCAACAAUGAAUUCGAAAAUCGUUUAAUGCCGCGUUGGAAUCUACUCUUCUCCAAAAGUAUAAUUUUAUUACGUAAACUUUCUGUGACAGUAUUAAUUUUCUUUAGAUCCGAUUGCUGGAAUUCGUAA